AUGGAACUUCGCGACCGAGGUAUUGCAUCUACCAAAACACGAUACUCAGCCGACGGACCAGGACUUUGGACGCGACGGGUCCCUGACAACGCGCCAGCUCCCGAAGCUCGCAAUCGUUCUGAAACGAAUUCGCAAUCACCAGAGAGAAGAACGAAACGGAAACGUGAGGUAGAUAAUAUGCGUCCCAGGAGAAAUAGGGCUGCCGCGUCUAAAAUUAGCACGACAAACAGUGCGAGCGGCAACGAAGAACAAGUACGAGCGAAUCAGGAUCAGGAUCAGGACAAUGCAGAGAUAAGACAAGCGCCGGAAAGUAUGAGCGAAGAAAGAUCCAAUGGAAGAGAAGCCAGCAAUGGAGAUUUCUCUUCAGAUGAUGGGAAUGACAGGCGCUUCUCAUUCAGCAAUCAUAGGAACGAGCCAACCUUUCUCGAUCGCAUCAAAGUUCUUCCCGAAAUGCGCGACCUGCCAUGGCGCGACGGUCAGGCAUUACCACCGGAAAAAUCUACUGAAAGUCAACGCGUCCAACAGAGAGGUGCAUGUAUGGUAGCCACUAGAGGGAGAAUUAUGGCAAAACCAUGGAAUCAAGAUGCCAGAGCUUUGAGAUAUGCGAAUACAAACGACAAUUCAUCGAAACGAAAAAGAUCAGAACCCGAAAAGACGGCAGCUGAGGAUGACAAUAACAUAUUCAAUAGAUUCAAUUCACCCGGCCAUUAUGUCAGUCCCUAUCCACCGCUUCCAUCAAUACCGCGGCCACCGUUAAGAACCCCAGGACUGAAGGAAGCUCAAGAGGCGGAAUUGGAUUCUUUGCUACAAGCUCAAAUUGCCCGCGAAGAAUUCGAUCAAGGCAAUAUAGAUGAUGGAGAAGCAGCGGGGAAUAGGCAGCAGGCGCGAGCGACUCCAAUAGUAAUGCAUCGCCCACGAUUCUAUACUGGUGAACCACAUUCAAUGAGACAACUUAUACAGCAGGGAGGUCCACCUCCUCCAAGCAGACAACUUCCCCAGCCGAUAAAUAACAUCCCCAAUGACCAGAUAGCCAGAAGUCCUGUCCCGGCAAUCGGUCCUCAUAUGAUGGAGAGAUCUCUUAUUGGCGAAUCUUCGAAGAGUACACAGAGACAAUUUUUUACUGUUAUAAGCGGAGUUCAAGGGGGACUUCAACAACUUCAAAAGGAGUUGAAUUCGUUAAAGGCAGUUCUUGGGUGGGACAUUGAGGAUGAAGAACUAGACGCCAGCCGUCGACAAAACUCAUCCUCACGAAGAAAUACUCGAUCAGGUCCAUGA